CUUGUUAGGAGACCCACGAAAAGAAGGCACCAGGACCUGAUGCUCAACAAUCGAUUUAGGUAUAUUUAGCUCCCUCGGGUCGUUCCCUGUAAACAUUACGCGCGCAGCAAAACUCCAGACAGAGACGCGAGGAAAUCAGCAUCUGCUUCGUUCUUUGAAUUCCAUGAGGGCAAGUUUGUGAUCGAGGAGCCAUGAACGCCUCCUCCUUGCUGGACGCCACGCAGGGCGCGCUACUCAACGGCAGCCGAACCCUGGCGGGGACGCUGGCCACCUACUCCGGAAACGGUAGCGAGCAGGCGGUGAGCGUCGACGGCGCGACGGGAGCCGGCGGCGAAAGUUCCCUGGUUCUCCUCCAGGAGGAGCGCAAACUGCUGGUCAUGCGCGUGGUGCAGAUCGCCGUGCUGUGCGUGCUGUCGCUCACGGUGGUCUUCGGGGUCUUCUUCCUCGGGUGCAACCUGAUGAUCAAGUCCGAGAGCAUGAUCAACUUCCUGGUCAAGGAGCGCCGACCUUCCAAGGACAUGGACACCGGCAUGAUCGGACUCAAUUAGGCCGAUGCUAUCUGCUGCAUGAACUUCUUAGAAGUUUCCCUCCCUACAAGUCGGUCAGCGAAGAAUCGAUAUGCAACACGGUCACGUCUCCUUCCAAUGGACUUGAAUGUACGGUGCAAGGUUUGUGCGUAAAGUUUGCGUAAAAGCAGCCAACUUCAACAAGUUGCCAACUUGAACAAAAUGUUUACAAGCUGUUACCUCACCUUUGUUUGGCUUUUGUAUUUUCCGGUGAUUGUAUUUUAAUGAAUGUUUUGAGAUUGAACGAGACAUGGAUGUUGCGUCGUGGAGGAAAAAGUGUUUUUCUCGUCUUAUUUGUGCAAACAAAAAAAAACAAAAAAAAAUGACGAAUACGCACUCGCUGCUCCUUAUGUUUGGUAUGCUCACUACUUGGUGUAUUUGUAUUCAAUCAGCCUGGGUCUGUUUUGUACU